AUGUCAGGCCUUUCCUGUUGUGUGGUCUCCUUCGUCAGCCUGCUGUUGAUCAGGAACGAGCCCAGGGACAUGUGCUUGCCCAACAUGGACACUGGGGGGGUAAGAAGGGCAAAGCAGGUCAAAGCUUGGAGCUAACCUCAUUUGGUUCUGUGGUUUAAACAUUGCAAAAUGUGUGUGACUGUGAUGUGCACAGGUUUUCGUUUGAACGCAUGCCUUUUUGUGUAUUGUCUGCAUGUGCAAUUGUGUGUAAAGUCAGUGACACUCUGUGAGAAUUGACUCUGCACCCAGUGUGCCCCUCACAUGCUAGCGUGAACGAGUUCAAGAUCAUGCACACUCUAAGUGAUGUGCUAGUGUGACUGAAACCUCUCUCCCUUACCAGGCUCAUCCAGUGAUGAGACCACCUUCAAAGAGUUCAUCCUGUCCCCCUACCUGUGGCUGCUGUCUGUGGGCUACCUGGUGGUGUUCAGGGUGAAGACGGCCUGCACUGACUGGGGCCAGCGCUUCCUCAUCCAGGACAAGGGCCAGUCAACACUCAUGGAUAUGGAAGUCUGAUACAUUAACACCGGCGUUGUCCCUCUGUUUUACGCAGGUUGAAGUCUAUUGUCAUAAGUCUUGUCCUGGAGGCAGAACAGCGAUUUCCCUUAGAUAGGCCUGCUGCAAAGUCAAAAUUGUCUAUAUUGUAGAAAUUAAUGCUUUUUGGUAUUAAUUUAAGGUUAGGGUCAGGCAUUAGGGUUAGCAGUGUGGUUAAGGUUAGGUUUAAAAUCAGAUUUUAUGACUAUGGCUGUGCCAGUUAGUGACCACUCUGCAGAGCUGCCUCCAGAACAAGAUUCAUGACGGAAAACGCUAACAUCCCUGUUUUAUCAGUAUGCAAUAGCCUACUGUUGAUAACUCAAUAAUAACUGCCUCUUGUUAAGCUUGCCUGAAUGCAGCUCUUUUUCACAGGCAGUUCCUACAUGAGUGCCCUGGAGGUGGGAGGCCUGUUGGGCAGUUUAGCUGCAGGAUACUUCUCUGACAAGGCUGUGGCACAAGUGGGUUGACAGUGGCAUCAUACAUUCAUUCAGAGCUCUAUAAAAAUCAAAGCAGUGCUUGUAAGGUACCAUAUUUCUUUUUGUACAGCAAGGCAUGAAAAGCCAUGGAAACCCCCGUCAUUUUCUCUUGAUCUCAAAUGAUGGCUGGGAUGUUUGAUUCCAUGUAUCUAUUCCGGGUCACUGUCACUCCAGACAGCCCAAAGGUAUAGUAAACACAUUAUGUUCCUCAAAUCUCCUUUCAGAGUCAAUACACUAUUAGUCUAUGUUUGUUAGUUCAUGGUUUUCUUUUUUAUGUUAUAAAUUCAGAUGUGGAUCCUCUUCUUGGGGGCUACUUUUGGCUUCUCAUCUUACGGACCAAUAGCCUUGUUUGGCGUGAUAGCCAAUGAGAGUGCUCCUUCAAACUAUUGUGGAAUGUCACAUGCUAUCGUUGCCCUAAUGGCCAACAGUAAGUUUAUCUCAACCAAAUUGUCUCAAAUCCUAAUGAAUAUUUUCACAAAAAACAUUUGUAAUGCAUUCUGGUGUCUUGGCUUUACUAGCAGUACCAGACAGGAAGUUCAAUGACUAAAUCUGUAUAUCCUAUUUAUGAGAACCAGCCUAAUUGACAUCCUUGUAUUGUUAUCAGUUGGUGGCUUCUGCUCUGGACUGCCGUUCAGCACCAUCGCCAAGCACCACAGCUGGGAAAUGGCCUUCUGGGUAGCAGAGAUCACCUGUCUCAUCACUACCAUCAGCUUCUUCCUGCUGCAGAACACCAGAACCAAGAUGGGUCACGUCCCAAAGAAGGCUGACUGA